UCCUUCCCUCUCGGGGAGGGAAGGAAGGAAGGCCCCCUCAGGCAGCGCCCAGGGCAGCCCCGACGCCGGGGCCUGCAGCAGCCGCGACCAAGCGCGGAGGAGGCGGCGACGGUGGCCGAAGCCGGGCCAGGGAGGAAGGGAGAGGGGCAGCCAGCCGGCCGCCCCGGGCCUCCCGCAGCCGCAGAUGAGCCCCGCAGGAAUCCCACCGGGAACCACUCUCAGUCGGCAUCUCCCGAGAUGGCGACCUCGGUUGACUUUGUGGGCGUGUGUCUGAGCAGGGGCAAAGUGCCCGGGCGGAUGGGGACGCAACAGCUUUGAAAGAUUACAGACCAGCCUCGGAUAUGAGCGAUUCUACCCUAGACGUGGUGUCAGCGAACGACUUGGAAGAGACUUCCUCGGCGGCGCCGACCCAGGGGAAUGGAGGGACGCCCUCCCUCGACGUCAUCACGGAAGGCGUCGGCGAGCUGGCGGUCAUCGACCCGGAGGUGGCCAAGAAGGCCUGUGAGGAGGUCCUGGAGAAGGUCAAGCUGAUGCACUGCAUCUCCGAGGACGGGUCCAUCAAGCUGAAGGGCGGCGGCAGCGGUGGGACGGCCGGCGCUCGUCGGCCUGCCCCGGCGUUCCCGAACGGCAGCGUGGGGGAGUGCUGUGAGAUCAAGUGUCUGGAUGACCCGCCUGACAAGAUCCAGGAGGAGGAGGAGCGCCUGUUCAACACGGUGAAGAGUGCCCGGCGGCGUCAGAAGAACAACUCGGCCAAGCAGUCGUGGCUGCUGCGGCUGUUCGAGUCGAAGCUCUUCGACAUCUCCAUGGCCAUCUCAUACCUCUACAACUCCAAGGAGCCCGGGGUGCAGGCGUACAUCGGCAACCGGCUCUUCUGCUUCCGCAACGAGGACGUGGACUUCUACCUGCCCCAGCUGCUGAACAUGUACAUCCACAUGGACGAGGACGUCGGGGACGCCAUCAAGCCGUACAUCGUCCACCGCUGCCGGCAGAGCAUCAACUUCUCCCUCCAGUGCGCCCUCCUCUUGGGGGCCUAUUCCUCGGACAUGCACAUCUCCACCCAGCGCCACUCCCGCGGGACCAAGCUGCGCAAGCUCAUCCUCUCCGACGAGCUCAAGCCGGCCCACCGCAAGAGGGAGCUGCCCUCCCUGAGCCCGGCGCCCGACACGGGGCUCUCACCUUCCAAAAGGACUCACCAGAGAUCCAAGUCGGACGCCACUGUCAGCAUCAGCCUCAGCAGCAACUUGAAGCGGACGGCCAGCAACCCCAAAGUCGAGAACGAUGACGAGGAGCUCUCCUCGAGUACGGAAAGUCUUGAUAGAUCCUUUUGCUCCCCCAUCCGACUGGCCCCGGAGAGAGAGUUCAUCAAGUCGCUGAUGGCCAUCGGGAAGCGCCUGACGACGCUCGCCGGGUUCGACCACCACGUGGUGCGGGUCCCGCACACCCAGGCUGUGGUGCUGAACUCCAAGGACAAGGCGCCGUACCUAAUCUACGUGGAAGUACUUGAAUGUGAAAACUUCGACACCACUAACGUUCCAGCCCGGAUCCCGGAGAACCGCAUCCGCAGCACGAGGUCGGUGGAGAACCUCCCGGAAUGUGGGAUCACGCACGAGCAGAGGGCCAGCAGCUUCACCACCGUUCCCAACUACGACAAUGACGACGAGGCCUGGUCCGUAGAUGACAUCGGGGAGCUGCAGGUGGAGCUUCCAGAGAUGCACACCAACAGCUGCGACAACAUCUCCCAGUUCUCCGUGGACAGCAUCACCAGUCAGGAGAGCAAAGAACCCGUCUUCAUAGCUGCUGGAGACAUCAGGCGGCGCCUCUCAGAGCAGCUGGCCCACACUCCGACGUCGUUCAAGAGGGACCCCGAGGAUCCCUCUGCCGUUGCCCUGAAGGAACCAUGGCAGGAGAAAGUCAGGCGGAUCCGGGAGGGCUCCCCGUACGGACACCUCCCCAACUGGCGCCUCCUCUCCGUGAUCGUGAAAUGUGGGGACGAUCUCCGCCAAGAGUUGCUGGCAUUCCAGGUUCUCAAGCAGCUGCAGGCCAUCUGGGAGCAGGAGCGGGUCCCGCUGUGGAUCAAGCCAUACAAGAUCCUCGUCAUCUCGGCGGACAGCGGCAUGAUCGAGCCCGUGGUCAACGCCGUCUCCAUCCACCAGGUGAAGAAGCAGUCCCAGCUCUCGCUGCUGGACUACUUCCUGCAGGAGCACGGCAGCUACACCACCGAGGCCUUCCUGACCGCCCAGCGCAACUUUGUGCAGAGCUGUGCUGGCUACUGCCUCGUCUGCUACCUCCUGCAGGUCAAGGACAGGCACAACGGCAACAUCCUGCUGGACGCCGAGGGACACAUCAUCCACAUCGACUUCGGCUUCAUCCUCUCCAGCUCCCCCCGGAAUCUCGGCUUCGAGACCUCCGCUUUCAAGCUCACCACAGAGUUUGUUGACGUCAUGGGAGGCCUAGACGGCGACAUGUUCAACUACUACAAGAUGCUGAUGCUGCAGGGCCUGAUUGCUGCUCGGAAGCACAUGGACAAAGUGGUCCAAAUCGUGGAGAUCAUGCAACAAGGUUCCCAGCUGCCCUGCUUCCACGGCUCCAGCACCAUCCGCAACCUGAAGGAGCGCUUCCACAUGAACAUGACGGAGGAGCAGCUCCAGCUGCUGGUCGAGCAGAUGGUGGACGGCAGCAUGCGCUCCCUCACCACCAAGCUCUACGACGGCUUCCAGUACCUCACCAAUGGCAUCAUGUGAGACGCCCGGCCUCCUCCCCUCCCCCCCUUCCUCCCCUGCCGCCGGAGACCCCGGAACCGACCCGGAGAGGGAAGAGGAGGAAGCGCCGCCCUCCUCCGCGCCCUCCGCCAAGGGAUGCCGGGCCGCGGGGCUUCGGAGCCAGGCGCCGUUAUUACCGGAUUCCUCGAGACUCCCGUGGGGGACGGGGCGGGGGACGGACACACACACACCCCGCCCCGCCCCGAACAGUAGGAACCCUUUUCCUGUGAACGCGCAAAGGAUCAUGUGGGAAACUGUUGACAUUCUCCUUUUAAAGCAACCAGCCAGGACCGAGCCCCUUGCUCGCUGGACGCCCGGAAACCAUGUUUCGUGUCUUUGUCUGUCCGCCCGCCUGUCUGUCUGUCUGUCUCGCCCUCCUUCCUCCAGCUCUUUAUUUCAGUAUUAUACCUCUUUUGACCAUCCUGUGAAGCCUCUCCCGGCAGCCUGGCAAAUGUCGAUGGGGGGGGGGGGUAUGUGUGCGAACAGGGGGCUUAGCCCCCCCAGAAAGCCCCCCUUUUUGAGCCCUCACUCUGUCUCCUCCCAAUGCCGGUGAGCUGGCCUCCCCCACCCACCCAACCCCGCGCACGUUUUCAUCUGCAUCUGGCCCGGUGGCUGGAUCCCGCCCCCACCCGCCCCGUCGUUUUCCUCCUGCACAUUGGGAUGCAAACUCACAGAUGGCACAAGGGGCUUGUUUGGGCCGCACACACACAUUUGCUCCGGAGCACCUCCUGUGCUGCCCCCCGGAACUCUUGGGGCCGCUCGGGGGGGGGGGCUUCCGUCUUGCACCUUAAACGUAUUUCCAGAGACCCGGUCCACGGCUCGGCUUCUCUGCAGUUGCCUCCCACUCGCUGGGCCGUGUUUAGUUUCACGCCGCGUCACCAACGCCUCCUGGUGUUCUGCUCCUGGGAUGGUCAGAAGUCCCUGGGAAGCCGCCGGUGGGCGCUGCCCUCUUCCUUCUGGGCCCCGCCCUCCCCUCUUGUCUGUCCGGACAGCGGGCGACUCAUCCUCUGCCUGGGCUGCCCACCGCGGCUCUCACGCACCCCGCGCCCAGAAGAGAACGCUCUCCCUGGUCUCCUCUGCCCCCUCCUCGGCCACAGUCAUCCCAGUUCCCAGCUCCCGGCAGAGGACAGCCGCAGAACGCAGACCGAUGUGGCCUCCCUUUGCCCUUCUGCCUGCCAGUGUACGUGAAGCCUUGCCUCCCUUUGUUAGCAGACUCGGGCCCCACGUUGAGGCCCCCUGAAUCUCGUGGCCAGCCUCCUUUAAUUUUGGGGUCCGGUAUCCUGAGAAAGAACUGCCCGUCGCGUCGAAGGUAUUCCGCGCCGCCGCCCGGGCACAGACCCUGAAAGAUGUGACGAUUUGCAAUGUGAAUUUCAAAAAUCAUCGGGCCCGGGGGCUGGGGGGGGGCUGGGGCUUUUCUGUUCUUUCUCUGUCCUCAACUCACGCCCCCCCCCCCACACACACACACCCUUGGCUGGUUCUCGACCCGCUGAGACAGCGACCGCUUCCUUGGUUCUCUCUGGGUGACCCAAAGGCAUUUCCACGGAUGCAGACGUGGAGCUCCUUUCUCUGGCUUUUGGAAGGUUAUGAAGCUGUGCCCUGGGUCUGUGGGGGGAAGGGGGGAUAUCUGCGUGGGCUUGCCCCAUUCCUCCCCCAUUUCUUUUCUGUUGCAUGUCCCACCCCACCCAACUCCUUCUGUGUGCCUGGAUAUAGGAGUUGGGGGGGGGGGUUACUGAAUCUCUUUCUUCUCUUGAGUGGGAUCCCACGGAUCUCUUCCGCAAACAGCGCGCUCCCCUCUAGCCCGGGGAAAGCUCCUCGCGCCUCAAGGGAGCGUGCCAUUUGCGGAACCAAUCCGCGGGAUGCAGCCCAGGCGAAUGCCGAAGGAAGGGAACGAAGACGGGGUUUGGGAACCGACGGGUGAAAAAAGAAAGGGGAGGCAGCCCAGUACAUUCCUCGACCUGUGGCUGUCUCUCGCUUAAACAAAAGACCCACAGAGUCCUUUCGGAAACGUGGUGUUUGCAAGGCGGUGGGUCCCCGGAAGGCCGCGGCAGCCACGCCGGUGAAAUCCCCCAGAACCCUGCUGGCUCCUCUGCCUUCGCAGGGAGAUUCCCCGAGAGUCUGCCGAGGGUUUUGGCAUCCCGCUCGCUGGCCCUUUUGCCUUCCUGGCUCCCUGCAACUUUAGAGUUUGUUAUCCCUUUCGAACGGGUUCCUCCUUGCAGGAGACCCUUUUGGGGGGGGGAUGCAGCCGUGCCGUGGGUCAGCCAGGCUUGUGGCCAAAGGGAUCCAAGAGCGGGAGGGGGGGGGGGAGUCGUUGAUGGUGUGUGUGAGCCCAGCAAGAUCUACAGCAUCAGCUCUGUUUUGCAGAGGGCGGGGGGACAGGUCCCGGGGCGAGGUCGGCCGAGAUCCCGUUAGCUGUCACCAAAAGAAGAGAUGCGGCCCCUCUUCUCGGCGGGAGCGGGGAGGAAACUGGGAAGGAGGGAGCCCCUUUCUGACUUCACUGGCUGAGAGCUGCCCUCCAGUAGCCACACACACCCCCAGUUUCUGGGAAGCUGUCCCGCCCCCCAUGUCCACCUCUGGCGGAUGUGGCUGAGCCAGAAGCGCGUCUCUCUCCUUGCGGUUUGGCUCCGUCCACACAGGAGCCGUCGAAAAACCCCGAACGUGCUGCGAAGCCUCUGGCCGCCGGUAGUGGCCACUGCAUCCAGUAGCUGCUACAGUCACCCGCGAGCCGCCCCCUCUGACCUUCGCUGUCACCACGAUCCUCUGGCGGCGUGGUGGUGCCAAGAAGGCGGAAAGGAGCCUUCUAGAGGUCAGGGCACGUGAAGAGUCACGCAGGGGCCUCCUCCAAACUCUUCCAGUGCUGUCCAGGACGGGGUUUUGUGGGAGUUGGAUGAGCUGAACAAGGGGGGUGAGGUGGGGUUUUUUUUGGGGGGGUGGGCCCUAGUAGCCGUCAGUCAAAUGUCUGGGCUUGUGGGCAGGUAUUGGGGGGGGACAACCAACGGCUACCACUUCUGUUUGGAAGAGCCGGCCAGAGAAACAGCUGUGUCAAGGGUCACUCGGCCUCACCGCAACGCGCCCUCUCGUUUCUCCUUGUUCCCGACACAUCUGUGCAUGUCCCAGUCUCUCCCCCCUCCCUCUGUGCGCGCCUGUGUGUGUGGGGGUGGGAUGUGUGACUAUCUUUUUCUUUUAUUUUCUUUCUUUCCCCUAUUCAGUAAGGAUGGGCCAAACUCCAAAAUAAAAUCUAUGAAAUGAACUUGGCAUUUCUAAUUAAAAAAAAUAUGUCUCUUUUAUAUAUAGAUACACCCAAGCGCAUAUAUAUAUAUAUGUAUAAAAAAGAAAA